UGUGUGACUGCAGUAUGUGUGCGGUCUGUGGACUCCAGAUGAACCUGUCCUGCUUUUUGUUCAUUCGGUGAACAUUAGUUCAAUCAUUUUUGAACAUUCAUCUGAUUCUCAGCUGAUUACGUCAUAAAGACUCAGGAUGAGUUACAGCAGCAGACAUGGACGGACUUCAUCCAGCUGGGGUUACCCCUCAGAUAAAAUCAUGUACCAUGGCCUGAUGAACCAGGGAUCCACCUGUUACCUGAACAGUGUCCUGCAGGUUCUGUUCAUGACCAAGGAAUUCAGACAGAAGCUGAGAGUCCCAAGCAAACACAGAGAUGACGAUCCAAACCUCAUCGAUCGUGAGCUGAUGGAGUUGUUUGGUGAUUUAGAAAAAUAUACAACCUACACCUAUAAAAUCACAAGGAAACUGGACAUCCGCAACGUUUAUGAACAGCAGGAUGCAGCCGAGUACUUUGAGAGGAUUCUACGUCUGACUAGUGAGGAGGCGUCUAAGGUUUUCCAAGGAGAGCUGAUCAACAGGAACACAUGCUCUAAGUGUGAAACAGUCACUGAUAUUUCUGCAGCGUUUUGGUAUCUUCCUCUGGCUCUGGUGGAUUCCUACGGUGAUUAUAGUGUGAUAAAGGGCAUUAAGGACUUCUUCAGACCUUCAGAACUCAGAGGAGAAAACCAGAUGUACUGUGAACGCUGUUGUGACAAAUCUGACGCUACCAUAAAGUGUGUGGUGGAGAAACAUCCAGAAGUUCUGGUGCUGAAGUUGAAGAGGUUCGACUUCGACAUGCGUCACAUGUCUAAUGUGAAAAUAAACUGUGCUGUGGACGUGCCCUUCACACUCCAGAUACCACAGGAUCAAACCUAUGAACUGUUUGCUUUUGUGGAUCAUUUUGGGGAUCUCAAAAGUGGACAUUACACCACAACAGUCAGGUCUCAGGAUGACGACAAAUGGUACAUGUUUGAUGACAGCAUAGUCUCACAGCACAAAUACCAGUGGUUUCAGCUGGACACCAAAGAGAAACUACCCAAGGCUUAUCUGCUGUUUUACAGGAAACAAAAAGUAGGACCUGCAGACACCUCCUCCCAAGUCAUGGGUGAAGUUUCCACUCCUGGAGUCCCACAGGGUGACGUCAGUGUGAAGAUGGAUGGACUGGAAACAGAAGAUCCACAGAACAGAGACGUAGACGUUAACGCUGCAGCAUCUGUUUCUCCCAAAGACGUCAGUGGGUUGAAAAGACCAGCGGCGGCACCUGAACGUCCCUAUAAACAUGAAGAAGGAGACAAGCCACCGCAUCAGCAAGAUGGAGAUGAGGACAAAGACCGUGGACAUGUUCGUAUCAAGGAACACAAAGAGGAUGAUGAUGAAAAAUGCAUGACAUCACCUGAUGACCAAAUGAGAACAAAAGCAGCCGAGGGUGUAAAGAACGAUGGUACUGGUGGGCGAUCAGACCUCCAGAACAUACCACAUACUUCUAACUUCAUGCCAUAUGCUAGUGAAAACCAGACAAGAUGGGGUAAACAAGGUGAAGUCAGAGAUAGAACAUGGAUAGAGGUGAAGGAAAAGGGGAGAGGUGAAGCAGAACAGCAGAAAAAUGAAGAGUUCCACCGUGUUACAGAUCAAAACAGACAAAAGUUAGAAACAUCAACUGCUCAGGUUGAAAGGUUUUCUCCUCAGGUUGAGUUGAAUCAGGAGGCGACAACAGGGAAGAGGGAAGGAAGUUUGGAUGUUUCCGAUAAUAUCUCAAGGUAUUACCAUGAACAGAAGGUCAGGGCCACAGAUGUGAACAGAGAUUAUAGUGAAGGUGGAGACAAGAAGAGACCUGAAAGAUUAGAGAACGUACGUGAUGAUCGGAAGGUUAACAAGGAAAGAAGAAGACAAGAACAUGAGCGUAAACCAGAAUACGACCUCUGAAAAGCAGCUGAGGAGACGACAGGAAGAGAUGAUUCAGGUACAGGAAGGACAGAAAUGUGCACAGGUGGUGUUAAGGAAACAGGGAAACUUUGGAAAAAAUCUGAUCUUCACGACCAAAACAGCAUGUCAAAUGAGAGGAAGAGUCCAAAACAGGGAAUUAGUGACAGCAAUAGAAGAUAUGACGAUCAGAGAGAGGACAGGGGGGAUGUAGAAAGAGUCGGAGAUGGACCCAGAAGAAGAGGAAGCACUUAUAGUCUGAAGUAUUGUGGUACAUACCAUGAAGGAGAUGAGGAAAUAUGAAAAUAUGAAUUGGAGGAAAUCAAAGGGGGUGAUUUAAAUGACAGGAAAGACUGUGACAAACUGAACACCGGAGAGAACGCCAAAAAGAAGAGUGAGAGGAAGACAGAUGAAGAUGAGCAGAGUAGCAGAGGUCAUGAACAACGAAGAAUAAGGUCAGACAGAGAUCCCAACAGUAGAUCGGAGAAUCCUCGACGGAACAGAUCACCUGAACAACAGUUUAGUCCGACUCAGACACAGGCUGAGUUUGAUCUGAAAGGAGGAUCAGCUGGAAAAGGGCUCAGAGUUUACCAGUAUGAAGCCCAUGGACGUCCUCCAACAGGUGACGCCACGGAAGGCAGAAGGUGUUCAAAGUCAGAAAGAAAGACACGGAACAAUUCGAACCACCAUCAAGUCAGACCUAAAACCCAAUCAGACGCUCAGGAUGCUUUGAACGGAGGCAUGAGAGGUCUAAGACUGACUGAAACACCCCCGAAAGGCAUCGAAGGGUUAGAACUGGAGGGGAACGCUAAAAAACAAGCAAAGAAGAAAUACUACGGAAAGGGUUGUUUUAGAUUUGUUCGCCGACGCAAAAACAAAGUCAAACAGAUUCAAAGUAACGGGGUUUAGUCGCUGUUUUCACCCGUCAGCUGUUUAUAUCAACACGUGAAUAUUUCGCAUAAUU